GCUGCCGGCGGCCGGAGUGGCGUCUGCGGGUGAGGGGGGUGGUGCCCGCCACCGCCGGCGGCCUAGGCGCAGGGCUGCGGAUGCCCCGCGACCAGUUCGUUCCUUCCAGUUCCCCGCGGCGGGUCGGGUCGGUAAGGGUAGCGGGGCCUGCGGCUUGGGGGACGCGGGAGGGGAGGAGCCGGAGCCGGAGAGGACCCGGGGCCCGCCGGCCCCGCCCCUGCCCCGCCCCCCGCGGCCGGAGCCCGGGCUGCAGCCGGUUGUGCCGGAGCCUGCGAGCCCGCGAGCCAGCGAGCAGCGGCCGCCGCCUCCCCGGCCCACAGUGACCCCGGCGUCCCGGCCUGCGGCCCCGCCGAUUCCGGGGCCCGCGUCCCCCGGAGCAGGGAUGCAUCAUGGCCACGCUGGCUUGCCGGGUGCAGUUCUUGGACGACACAGACCCUUUCAACAGCACCAACUUCCCCGAGCCCAGCCGGCCGCCGCUGUUCACGUUCCGCGAGGACCUCGCGCUCGGCACCCAGCUGGCCGGGGUCCACCGGCUGCUGCGGGCGCCGCACAAGCUCGAUGACUGCACGCUGCAGCUGUCCCACAACGGCGCCUACCUGGACCUGGAGGCCACCCUGGCAGAGCAGCGGGAUGAGUUGGAAGGCUUCCAGGAUGACGCUGGGCGGGGCAAGAAGCACAGCAUCAUCCUAAGGACACAACUGUCCGUGAGGGUCCAUGCCUGUAUCGAAAAGCUGUACAACUCUAGUGGACGAGAUUUAAGAAGGGCCCUUUUCUCCCUGAAGCAGAUAUUUCAGGAUGACAAGGAUUUGGUGCAUGAAUUUGUGGUGGCUGAAGGUCUGACCUGUUUGAUCAAGGUGGGAGCCGAGGCGGACCAGAACUACCAGAACUACAUCCUGAGGGCUUUGGGCCAGAUUAUGUUGUAUGUGGAUGGGAUGAACGGAGUGAUAAACCACAAUGAAACCAUUCAGUGGCUGUACACUCUCAUUGGGUCAAAGUUCCGCCUGGUGGUGAAGACAGCCCUGAAGCUGCUGCUCGUCUUCGUGGAGUACUCGGAGUCAAAUGCGCCUCUUCUGGUCCAGGCUGUCUCUGCCGUUGACACGAAACGAGGAGUCAUACCCUGGUCAAAUAUCAUGGAAAUCCUGGAGGAAAAAGAUGGGGUUGACACGGAGCUGCUAGUUUAUGCAAUGACUUUAGUGAACAAGACAUUGUCCGGAUUGCCAGACCAAGACACCUUCUACGACGUGGUAGACUGCCUGGAGGAGCUGGGCAUCGCAGCCGUGUCCCAGCGGCACUUGAACAAGAAAGGGACUGACCUGGACUUAGUGGAGCAGUUGAACAUUUACGAGGCGGCACUCCGGCACGAGGAUGGCGACGAGACAGCUGAGCCACCCCUCAGUGGGCGCCGGGACCGGAGGAGGGCCAGCCUGUGUUCUGGCGGCAGCGGGGGCGAGCACCGGGGCCUAGACCGCAGGCGGAGCCGCAGGCACUCAGUACAGAACAUCAAGAGUCCUCUGUCGGCUCCCACCAGUCCCUGUUCCCAGUCGGCUCCCAGCUUCCAGCCCUGUCAAGUGCGAGAUCUCCGUGAAAAGGAUGAGGAGGAGGAGGUGGAGGAGGAAGAGGAGCAGCCAGUCACGGAGCCCAAUUCAGAGGAAGAGAGAGAGGACGAUGCCCCCUGUCAGGGCAAGGACAGCAGCGAGGCCAGCCCUGCCUCAGAGCAGAACCCCACUGGACAGGGGAGUCCAGCCCUCCUCUCUGCCUCCAGUGCCGCCUCGCAGGGGAAGCAGCUUCCAGCCAGCACUGCAGGGGGGAGCCCCUGGGGCAGCGGGUCCCCCAGACCCGCCCUGCUGCCCCACCCCUCCCCUGCCUCGGCAGCUCGGACCUCCUCCACCACACCCAGCCGCCGGAAGGCAUCACCGACCAUAGAAAAGCUGCCCUAUGUGCCCCACAGCCCCUUCCACCUCUUCUCCUAUGACUUUGAGGAUUCGCCCUUAUCCACCAAGGAGAAGGAAGCCGAGGCCCAGAAGGAAAACAGUUGCUCCGAUUCCCUCCAUCUGAGCGCACUUUCUGCCUCCGAGCCUUACAACUUCCGGUCUUUCUCUUCUAAUAGAUACAACAACUUUGGCAACCACUCUUCUCACUCUUCGAGGCCCUCGUCUGGGUCCGCUGGGCCCACCACAUCCGCGUCAUCUGUCUCACCGCCCCAGGAGGCCAGGCCGGAAAGGUCAUCACCGAGUGGUCUUCUCACAUCAUCCUUUAGGCAGCACCAAGAGUCGCUGGCAGCAGAGAGAGAGAGGCGGCGGCAGGAGCGAGAAGAAAGGCUGCAGAGAAUAGAGCGGGAGGAAAGGAACAAAUUCAGCCGAGAGUAUUUAGACAAAAGAGAGGAGCAAAGGCAAGCAAGAGAAGAAAGAUACAAAUACUUGGAGCAGUUGGCAGCUGAGGCGCACGAGAAGGAACUGAGGAGCCGGAGCGCGAGCGGGGGCAGAGCUGACCUCUCCUUGGACCUGACCUCACCGGCAGCCCCUGUCUCUCCCGCCUCUCGAAGUGCAAGCCCUUCAUCUCUGGACACACAAGAGGCUCUCCCGGGAGCAUCCUCUUCCCCAGGAACACCUCAGCACCGCCAAGUGAGCACCAGGGAUCCUGCACCCGAACCAGAGGCAGAACCGGAUCCAGAGGCAGAGACGGGGCAGGUGGCUGAUGAGGCCAACCAGGAAGUAGCCCCUGCCCACGUGGGGACAGAGAGCGAAGUGGAGCAGGAGCCAGAAGAGCGAGCCUCCCUCAGUGAGAAAGAGAGGCGGAACGAGGAGGUGAACGAGAGGGACAACUGCUCUGCCUCCAGCAUCUCUUCCUCCAGCAGCACCUUAGAGAGGGAGGAGAAGGAGGAAAAGCUCUCCAGGGACAGGGGAACUGGUUUGUGGUCUGCAGGUGUCCAGGAUGCCAGUGUAAAUGAACAGUGUGGCGACAUCCUCACCAACAAACGGUUCAUGCUGGACAUGCUGUAUGCCCAUAACAGAAAGCCCACCGAUGACGAGGAGAAGGGCGAGGGUGAGCCCGCGGGGACUGAACAGGGGGCGGAGGCAGUGGCCAGCCUGGCCAGCAGGAUAUCCACCCUGCAGGCCAACUCUCUGGCCCAGGACGAGAGCGUCAGGAGGGUGGACGUUAGCUGCCUGGACAAUCGGGGCAGCGUGAAGGCCUUCGCCGAGAAGUUUAACAGUGGGGACCUGGGGAGAGGGUCCACCUCCUCGGACACGGAGCCCAAUGACAAGGUCCCGGAGAAAGCAUCCGCACAGCCCAAGACGGAAUCUGACUACAUCUGGGACCAGCUCAUGGCCAAUCCAAGGGAGCUCAGAAUCCAAGACAUGGAUUUCACUGACCUGGGGGAGGAGGAUGACAUUGACGUCCUGGACGUGGAUCUGGGUCACGGAGAGGCCCCGGGGCCGCCUCCCCCGCCCCCACCUACCUUCCUGGGUUUGCCGCCCCCGCCCCCUCCGCCCUUGUUGGACAGCGUGCCUCCCCCUCCAGUCCCCGGUAAUUUAUUGGCUCCUCCUCCAGUGUUCAAUGCUCCUCAGGGCUUAGGGUGGCCCCAGGUACCCAGGGGUCAGCCGGCAUUCACCAAGAAAAAGAAGACCAUCCGUCUGUUCUGGAAUGAAGUGCGGCCUUUUGAGUGGCCGUGUAAGAACAAUCGUCGCUGCAGAGAAUUUCUAUGGUCAAAACUGGAACCUAUUAAGGUGGAUACUUCGAGGCUGGAGCACCUGUUCGAGUCUAAAUCUAAGGAGUUGUCCGUCUCAAAGAAAACUGCUGCAGAUGGAAAAAGGCAAGAGAUCAUCGUCCUGGAUUCCAAGCGGAGCAAUGCUAUUAAUAUUGGGCUGACGGUACUGCCCCCGCCAAGAACGAUUAAGAUAGCCAUUUUGAAUUUUGAUGAAUAUGCCUUAAACAAAGAAGGAAUUGAGAAAAUCCUCACCAUGAUCCCCACCGAAGAAGAGAAGCAGAAGAUCCAGGAGGCUCAGCUGGCCAACCCCGAGGCGCCGCUGGGCAGCGCAGAGCAGUUCCUCCUCACGCUCUCCUCCAUCAGCGAGCUCUCAGCUCGGCUCCACCUCUGGGCAUUCAAGAUGGAUUAUGAAACGACAGAAAAGGAAGUGGCAGAACCACUUUUGGACCUGAAGGAAGGAAUAGACCAGUUGGAGAACAAUAAAACCUUGGGCUUUAUCCUGUCAACUCUCUUAGCCAUUGGGAACUUUCUAAACGGAACUAAUGCCAAAGCGUUUGAGUUAAGCUACCUCGAGAAGGUUCCAGAAGUCAAAGACACCGUGCACAAACAGUCGCUCCUUUACCAUGUGUGCACCAUGGUGGUGGAAAACUUCCCAGACAGCUCCGAUCUAUACUCGGAGAUCGGGGCCGUCACCAGGUCAGCCAAGGUCGACUUCGAUCAGCUUCAGGAUAAUUUGUGUCAGAUGGAAAGAAGAUGCAAAGCUUCAUGGGAUCACCUCAAGGCAAUUGCAAAACAUGAAAUGAAACCAGUUUUAAAACAACGAAUGUCAGAGUUCCUCAAAGACUGUGCAGAGCGAAUUAUCAUUUUAAAGAUUGUCCAUAGAAGAAUAAUUAACAGGUUCCAUUCCUUUUUGCUCUUCAUGGGGCACCCACCGUAUGCGAUCCGGGAGGUGAACAUAAACAAGUUCUGCAGGAUCAUCAGUGAGUUCGCUCUGGAAUAUCGCACCACCAGGGAGAGGGUUUUGCAGCAGAAGCAGAAGCGGGCCAACCACAGAGAGAGGAAUAAGACCAGAGGGAAGAUGAUCACUGACACUGAUGAAGAGGAUGAAGUUGAGUCUGGCAAAUUCUCCAGCAGUCCUCCGGCACCUUCGAGUCCACCGCAGGGCCUGAGCUAUGCCGAAGACGCCGCUGAGCACGAGAACAUGAAGGCUGUGCUGAAAACCUCGUCCCCUGCCAUGGAGGAUGCCACCCCGGUGCUGGGCGUCCGCACACGCAGCCGAAUGAGCCGAGGAUCCACUAGUUCGUGGACUAUGGGCACCGAUGACUCCCCUAACGUCACGGAUGACGCAGCUGAUGAGAUCAUGGACCGCAUCGUCAAGUCGGCCACCCAAGUGCCCAGUCAGCGAGUGGUGCCUCGGGAGAGGAAACGCUCCCGGGCCAACCGGAAAUCCCUGCGGCGGACCCUGAAGAGCGGCCUGACUCCAGAAGAAGCCAGAGCCCUGGGCCUGGUGGGGACCUCGGAGUUGCAGCUGUGACAUCCGUGGGCGCCCUGAGAAGUGUGCCUGAGCGGACUGCGUGCUCCUGCAGGACAGAGUCCCUCCCGUGGGGGCGGGGAGACUGCACGUGAACACCUGGAGGCUCUGAAAGGGAGCGCCGUUUCUCGUUUCUCGGCGUCACCGUGUGGCUGUGUUGUGCGCUGUGCGCCAACACGGAUCUGUGGGAGUCUCCUUCACGUACUUUCUUCAUUGUGUCGGCUGUGUUCCUCUUGUUUCCGUGAUACCUGGUUUAGUAGUUCCAAAGUGUGACGCCUUUUCUGUGCAAGGAACAGCCCUUUUAAGGAGCAAAUCACUUCUGUCACAGUUACUAUGGUCAUUAUGAGGCAAUUGGAUUAGAUUCACAGACUGGGUCUCUCCACCACACCAAAAUAUCCAGAUGUAAACUCCAAAAUUGUACACAGAAGAAAGCACAGAUUGUUUACCAGUUGUGGAUUUUAGAUGUACUAAAUGUUUAUACGAACUCAUAAAUGUACACCAUGUUUCAAAUACUAAAUAAAGAGUUUAAUGUCAUAACCAGAAA